GCUUGGUAUGCAGGCGCCGAGACCGGGGAAGAGACCGGGGGUUAAGGUGUCAUUGCAUCCCCCGUUUGUCAAUGCAUCCUCCGUCUGUCACCUACUGCUUUAUAACGCGUCUUUCCCACUGUUUCAUUGAAUCGCCUCAGCGGUGCAAAACACCCACUCGAUACUAUGGGGCCUGAGGGGCCGUUCGCUGGCAGACGAGCCAACCGCAGAGACAACCCCGUCUACAUCCAUCUGUUCAAUUCGCCGCCGGCUUACACGGCUGGAGAUCACGUGAGAGGGCUUCUUCUCAUCUCCCAAGCACGAUCUCCGCGCAUCAACAUUAUUCUAAGAGGCUUCUCCAUCACCCCGCAUUCUUCUGGCAAGCCGACCUACAUUGAACUUUGUCGAGAAUCGCAGGAUUUGUUCGUUUCUACAGGCAAUAGCUCAAACCUCGAUCUCCUGCCCACAAGCUCAUCAAAUCCCGGAAAGGCAGAACUGCCCUUCUCCUUCACCUUUGCGCAACAUGUGAGCCUCCUACCGCCUACAGAUAGAGAUUGGCUCUAUCCGGAGGACUCGUUCAAUCAUCCACGCUUUCAGCAUUCUCCAGGAUUUCCACUACCUCCGAGUUGUGCUGGAACAUCUCCAGAUGUGCAGAUUGUAUAUCAACUUGAGGUGACCAUGGAGAGUAGCGAUCCGGAUAGUCUGCCUGUGAGGGUACGCCAAGAACUCAAGUACACGCCACCACCACCCGACCUCCAUCCCACACUCCUCCAACCAGACACGAACUUUGGCACAACGCUCCCCAAACACUGUAGCCACCAAAAGUUCAUCCGCACGCGCAAACUGUUCCAAGACUACGAAGAGAGGGCGGGAAAGCUUAAAAAGAUCAAGGAGAAGCUGGCUGACAAAGAGUUGCUCUUUGGCUUCCAGAGCUUGGACGAGAUUCCCUAUGUCAAAUUCAGUAUAUCCGCGACUCCUGCUCGUGUCCUAGUUGUUGGCUCCCAAGUUCCCGUUGUCAUCAGUGUUCAGCACCUCCAGCGUUCCGAAUCGCUUGCGAGCCCGCCUGAUCUGUUUAUACACCGCCUCAAAGUUCAGUUGAACUUUAUCUUCAACAUAUUCACGCCAAGUGAUCCAUCAGCCCGUCCUCCAAAGAAACAACACAUGCAUGCAGAAAGGGGCCACAUCAUGCUCUGCGACAAGAAGUACGAAAAGGGAAAUGGACGGCUGCUAUACGAUGGGCUUUCCUUACUAGAUAUAGCAGACGUCAAGCUUACAGGCCACGAGUUUACACCAAGUUUCACAACCUAUGGCCUGAACUUGGAGUACGAGUUACAAAUCGAAAUCACUGGCAAAUGUGCCGAUCGAGAGUGGUCUAGUAUUGUGUGUACCCAACCCGUUUACCUAACCACAGUGCCACUGGCGGCAAAUCUAUCUGAACUUGAGGAUGGCUUUCCAGUAUACGACCUAGAGCCUAGGCCAGUGUAUCAAGAGGUAGAUCCUAUGGAACCACCUCACUACCUCAAUGUGAGCUGGGAUGCUCAGCCGCUGGCAACUACGCUAUCAAUACAUGAGUUUGGGUCAAGGCACAUGGCGCCACCUAUCGCAGACACAGUACCUCCCCCAGAGUAUACUGCAUCAUAAACCAGUUGACCUCUACGAGUUUUGAGGUUGCUGUUUCUUGCAGAUCUGCUGUGAAGAGGACACCCUGGAAGUCUGAAAUCUAUAUGAACAAAUAUCUGGCUAGGCCGACCAUGUGUCUGUGCCAUUAUUCGGCAAACGAUUUCGAACCGCGGCUGUCAAUGAACAGACAUAGUACCUCUUCACUCCAGCUCAAUCAUUGCGCAAUGUGUUGGCACACGAUUCGGCAGAUGUCUAAUCGGAGUAAAUGUAUCAUCGUUAUCACGAGCACUCUACCAAGUGACACGACAGCAAGACUGCGCAUUGCCUUCGUUUUACUCAA